GCGGAGCUGCUCGGACAUGAGUAAAUGACGUCAGCUCCCAGGUCGCCGAGCAGUGAAACAAACAUGGCGACAGAAUGGAGCGGGCAGCAGGGUUAUAUUCUCACCGUCAUCAUCUGCCUGUGGAGCUCCGUCGGAGGCCGGACGGAGACCGCCGGUUCGAGCCCCGGUGGCUCCGGCACCGGCACCACCGGCACCGGCGGCAGCAGCACCGGCAGCGGCAGCCAGGUGCUCGGCAUGCGCCUGGAGAGGAGCGACAAGCCGGCCUCCACCAAUGACGACGGUGUCCUCCAGGUGACUGAGGAGAGCUCCGUGCAGCUGCGCUUCUACGGGCUGCAGCUCCACUCCGGUGCCUGGACGCAGAUCCGGUUCACGGAGCUGAGUGACGGUAAUUUUGGUAGCGGUGGUGGCGGCGGUGAGGAUGAAGAGGAGCUGUUCAGGGAGGAGGAGGAGGGGAUGUUGGCUGCGCGGAGCGGCAGUGGCAUCGGCAUCGGCAGAGCCAUGGGAAUAGGACAGAUGGACGCGCCGUAUAGGACUUGUGCAGAUUUCACUAAGGACAUCAACGUCGGGACUUUUAUGAACGUGAGCAGCCGCGGGACGUCCGGUCUGCUCACGGUGCACAUUAAACCUUUGCGUAAAAGCGAGCUGCGGAAGGAGUACGCGCUGUGCACCCCGAGUCCGGAUGGCAGCAGGUGGGUGCAGCUGGGUGACACCGAUGGCAGGAUGCUGGUGGUGGAGGAGAAGAAGUCUCUAAUGCCCAUGUGGUUCCAGGUGAUCUUCAUCUGCUGCCUCCUCGUGCUCUCAGGUAUGUUCAGCGGUUUAAAUUUAGGUUUGAUGGCGCUGGAUCCGAUGGAGCUGCGCAUCGUGGAGAGCUGUGGCACCGAGAAGGAGAAGAAAUACGCGUCAAAGAUUGAGCCCAUCCGCAGCAAAGGCAACUACCUGCUGUGCUCCCUGUUGCUCGGCAACGUCCUGGUCAACACAACCCUCACCAUACUCCUGGAUGACCUCAUCGGGUCAGGUUUGGGCGCAGUGGUGGCCUCUACUAUUGGGAUCGUCAUAUUUGGUGAGAUCGUCCCUCAGGCGUUGUGCUCGCGCCACGGUUUGGCGGUUGGAGCCAACACCAUCACCGUCACCAAGUUCUUCAUGUUCCUCACGUUCCCGUUGUCGUUUCCGGUGAGCAAGCUGCUGGAUGUGCUUCUAGGGCAGGAGAUCGGCACCGUGUACAACCGGGAGAAGCUGGUGGAGAUGCUGAAGGUGACGGAGCCUUACAACGACCUGGUGAAAGAGGAGAUGAACAUGAUCCAGGGAGCGUUGGAGCUGAGGACCAAGACGGUGGAGGGAGUGAUGACGCCGCUGGGGAACUGCUUCAUGAUCCAAGCCGACGCCGUGCUGGACUUCAACACCAUGUCAGAGAUCAUGGAGAGCGGCUACACCAGGAUCCCGGUGUAUGACGACGAGAGGUCCAACAUCGUGGAUAUCCUGUACGUCAAGGAUCUGGCCUUCGUGGAUCCGGAUGAUUGCACCACGCUGAAGACCAUCACCAAGUUCUACAAUCACCCGGUGCACUUUGUGUUUCACGACACCAAGCUGGACGCCAUGCUGGAGGAGUUCAAGAAAGGUAAAUCCCACCUGGCCAUCGUCCAGAAAGUGAACGACGAGGGGGAGGGAGAUCCGUUCUACGAGGUUCUGGGAUUGGUCACGUUGGAGGACGUCAUCGAGGAAAUCAUCAAAUCGGAGAUCCUGGAUGAGUCUGACCUUUACACUGACAACAGAAACAGGGAAGAAAGUAGACCCUAAUAAUGCAAGCGUGACUUCUCCGCCUUCAAGCACGAGGCCGACAGUAAGGUGAAGAUCUCUCCGCAGCUCAUGUUGGCGGCUCAUCGUUUCCUCGCCACAGAGGUGAGCCUGUUCAGGCCGUUCCUCAUCACAGAGAAGGUCUUACUGAGGAUCCUCAGACACCCCGACGUCAUACAGGAAGUCAAGUUCAACGAUAACGACAAACGCUCAGUGCAGCACUUCCUGUACCAGAGAGGCAAACCUGUGGAUUACUUCAUACUCAUCCUGCAGGGACGAGUGGAAGUGGAAGCCGGGAACGAAAACAUGAAGUUUGAAACCGGACCGUUCUCCUACUACGGCGUCAUGGCUCUAAGUACACCGGCACUGGCCGUCACCCCUCCUCUCUCCCCUCCAGUGGCGUCCCCCCCUCCAAGACGCCUCUCUCUUAAGAGGUUUUCUCUGUUCUCUCGUUUCCCAGAGUUCCGCUCUCCGUCUCACGGGGGAAACCUCAACCGCUCGGCGUCGCUGAGCUGCACUGAGCGCGCUCCGGAAAGCGCCGGCUCGGUUGCCGGUAGCAACAGUCAGAUCCCCGGCACACCGUUCCAGUACACGCCGGACUUCUGUGUGCGGGCUUUGACUGACAUGCAAUUUGUUAAGAUCACUCGCUCUCAGUACCAGAACGGUCUCCUGGCGUCCCGGCUGGACAGCACGCCUCAGUCUCCAGACGGCAGCCACACUCGCCUGGACAUGCCGUCUUCUUUGCCUCCCGUCACGCCACCGGGGACGCGCACUCCACUGCCGCUGGCCACGCCUCCCGCCAGGCACCCGACGUUUAAAAACCAGCCGACUCUGCCGGGAAGCCGCCCCCCUCUCUCCCAAACCGCCUCCUCUUCCUCCUCCAGCCGCCGGCCGAGCCAGUCUUUACCCCAGGUCUCUCCUCCUCUUCCCAGCAACCACACCUCCCGCUCACAAACCCCUCCGACUUCUUUGAGUGCGACGGCGUGCAGCGGCUCGAACCCCCACCCGACUCUCUCCUCCUCCCUCUCCUCUAAGUCCCAGCAGUCGUCGCCCUCCACUGGCUCCGAGAAAGGGUCGGGAGAGACCACCAAUCUGCUCAGUGAGCAGCAGAACUGUGUUGGCCCCCGCAGGUCCAGCCACACCCAGGCAUACACCCAACCACACCCGCACCCACACGUUCAAACCAUCAGUCACGCGCACACUGAAAGCACCAUCUAACCAAAACUAGACUACGUGUGCGCUCAUGCAUAACACACACACACACUGUCGCACUAUGUCCUGUCCCGGUUUGCUUGUCGUUUCCUGAACUUUUUCUGUAGAUGUCCGAGGGAAAAUGGGAUCAGCACAUCAUGUGUAUUUUGUAAACAGAGAUCCUCCUUUAUCCCUUUCUGCAUGCCACCCCCCCCCC